AUGGCGACCGGUGCGUAUGCACCUCUCGAUAAUAAUCCUAUUUCAAGCGAUAUUUGCAGUUCAAGCAGUGAAUUUUAUGAAUCAAGUGAUGAUAGUGUGGUUGAUAAGAAUUUCGUACCAUCAAAUGAUGACGAAAGUUCAGAUACAAGUGGACAAAGAAGGGACGAGAACUAUGAACAGGUGAAAAGGAAGAGAAGACGCAAUUUAGGACAAGAAUAUUCAACAGUAAGAGCAAGAAACUUGUUAAACCUCGAGAAUUGGGUUCACCAUGUAGAUGCCAGAAGAACUGCCGAGACAAGCUCAGUAAUAGCCAUGAAAACUAUCUUCACAAAAUUCUGGGAUCUAGGUUCCUAUGAUCUCAGAACAGUUACCUUUUUGGUGCUAUUCGAGUUCUAA